AUGGCCACCAUCGAUCCUACUCCCACGCUUGGGCCCAACUCCCCUCCUCUGUCGGCUCCCAAGAACCCUCAACAGAUUCACACUCUCAGCAUCGUCAUUCUCUGCGUCGCCACUGCUUCCGCCAUCGGUGCCCUGUGGAUGAUUAUGGGCUUUGUCCUCAACAAGUCUCUUCGUACCUUUAGACACCAGCUUAUUCUCGGCCUCGCCAUUUCCGAUUUCUUCAUGGCCAUCAACUUCCUUUCUUCAGCUGCUGUCAACCUGUCCGGCAGAGACAUUGGUGACAAGGAAUGCAAGACAUUCUGCAGCUUCAACGGCUUCAUGAUCCAGACCUUUGUCGACCAGACUGAUUACUGGGUGCUGCUCAUUGCUGCUUGCACAUUCGUCAUGCUCAACGAUAAAAAGGCACUCUCUCAGUGGGUUCAGAGCCACAGAUACGUCGUCUGGGCUCUUCCCUGGUUCUUCUCUCUCCUCUGGGCGACUCUCGGUCUCGUUCUUGCCGGCUACGGCGACAUUGGUGCCUGGUGCUGGUUUACUAGCGACAGAACCAGACUUCUCGUAAACUUCUUGCCUCGCUGGAUCAUCAUUGUUGCCAUGCUGCUGCUCUACGCCCGCCUGCACUUUGUCCUCCACCGCGCUCACAACAACUUCAUGUCCUUUGACGAAGAGGACAACUACGGCACCGGCACCCGCGGCACCAUGUCCUCCGCCACUCCCCGCGUCCAGUCGGUCAACUUGGCCAAGCUCUCCGACGGUGCCUCUGACCAGGAACGCAUCAUCCCCCCCUCUCCUCCUCCCAAGCCCAAGUCUCGCCGCACCAGAGGCCACUCUGACCUCAAGAGGCUCUCCUACCAGAUGAUGCUGUACCCUCUUGUGUACGGCCUUGUCUGGGCUCUCCCCACCAUUAUCCGAAUCUACCAGGCUGUCAGCGGCAACUCUGCCAGCUUCCCCAUUGCCACGGUCGACAAGUCGUGCAUUGUCAUCCAGGGCCUUUUUGACGCCAUGGUCUACGGCUUCAACGAGAAGACCUGGCGCGGCUGGAAGGAGCUCUUUUCUAGCAAGAAGUCCAACUAG